UGCCGCAAGUAGAUGCCCGGGGUGGAAGGGGAUUAUCUCAUCUUGUCAAAGUGUCAAUGCAAACAAAAUGUUUUUUCCAUAUUCCACUCAGUAAUCUCAGUAUACAAUUUAAUUUAUUCAUUGGAUCUGUUUUGUUCAUUUCUUCAUACCAAUUCCCGCUCAUAAAAUAAAUAUCAAAUAUCCUAGAUAAACAUUUAUCAGCUGUAUACUAUAUUAUAUGUCCUCUAAUUUCCCCAAGAAUAUUAUUUAAACCAUUUGUUAUAUGACCAAUACGUUUACUAUACACUGCUACUUACUACUGCUGAAAGCAACUUUCUUUAGAUUUAUUUUCAACUGGAUAUCAAGCAAUUAUUCUGACGUAUUGAAGGAGAAAAGAUCAAAAAUAUUAAGGUGAUCAAAAUGCAAGUAAAUGGAAGUCUACCAGCUUUUGUAGUAAAACUAUGGAAAAUGGUUAAUGAUCCAAGAACUGAUCACUUAAUAAGAUGGAGCCAGAAUGGCACCACCUUUAUCAUCAAAAAUGAAGUCCAGUUUUGGUAUGACUUACUACCUGUGUAUUAUAAGCACAAUAAUAUGAGUAGUUUUGUGAGACAAUUGAAUUUGUAUGGUUUUCACAAAAUUUCACACGUUCUUGAAAACCCAAGCCUUAACCCAUCCCUUAAUGAUGCAGAUGAGGAGGAAGACAUGCAUACUAUAAAGUUUUAUCAUCCAUAUUUUCAAAAAGACCAAUUUUCGAAGUUAAAGAAUAUUAAAAGAAAGGCAAGUUCAAGCGCUAAACCUAAUGAUAAUAAUGCCCAGGAUGUUUUAAAAAAUGGUGACUUAACGAAAGUGCUCAGUGAUAUGAAGUACCUUCGAGGCAGGCAGUCAGGCGUAGAUGCUCAACUGACUGCUAUGAAACAGGAAAAUACUGUUCUUUGGAGAGAACUAGCUAUGCUAAGGCAAAAGCAUGUCAAGCAGCAACAAAUUGUCAAUAAGCUUAUUCAAUUUUUGGUAACUUUGGUACAGCCAACUGAACCUCCGCCUCAAAGGAUGACCAUGGGCGUUAAAAGGCGCAUGCCUUUGAUGCUUCAUGAGAGCCCGUUAGCAAAAAAAACUAAAGCCAAGAAGGCUAAUCGGUGUCAAGCCGAUGCUGGUCCUGUAAUUCAAGAACUUUCAAAAAAUGAUCUUUCUCCUGAAGAACUGCUUCAUGAGGCAGCUGUAAUUGAGGAAAAUGAUAAUAUUCCAAUAGAAGCAAUGGUUCCUGCUAUAGGAUCCCCAACAAAGAUUGACAGCCCUAUUACGCCUUCAUCACAGAUUAGUCAGGAUUCUUUGUCUUCAAAACUCAUAACAUCAUCACCAAAUCAGAAUUUCAAUAUUGAAACUCAAAACGACCACCAAGAAACUAUCCAACAAAAUUCCGAGCAGCAGUUAAACAGUGUUUUUUGGGACAAACCUGAAUUUGUUAUUGUUGAUAACUAUCCUGAAGAUAGCUCAGACCAUGAAAUUGACUUAAUUGACAAUUUGCAGAAAGAUGCAGAUAAGGUUUUUUUAAAUCCAAGUGAUCAGAAUUCUGUGAUUCCAUCUCUUUUAAAUAACGACUCAUCUAAUACAAGCAUUACAACAAGUAAGCCUGCAAAUGUUGAUAAAAGGCAAAACAGUGAAUUUUCACAGAACAAAUCAAACCUGCAACUGGCGACAAAAGAUCCUAUGGUCAAAAUUUUGAAUGGUACACUUCGUACUAAUGACUGUUUUAGGGACGACCUUGAUUUACAUCUGGAUCAUACACAAAGUGAAUUAAACCAGUUAAAAGACAUUCUUAAUGGGUGCAACAAUUUGGACACCACUACACUACUUGGGUUAUUUUCUGAUAAUGAUCCAGACGAUGGUUUCAAAGCGGAUACUCUGUUAGAAAAAGAAAAUUUAUCGGAAGAGGGAGCAUCUGACGAAUUAGUCAACGAUCCUAUUGCAUCUGCAAAUAGCUUAAUAGAUUUUAGUCUCUUCGACAAAGAAUUAAAUGCACAAGAUGGAAAUCCUGAGAGCUUUACUGUUCCAAGCAUGUCGCCGCCUAUAUCAUCAGAAGUGAAUACUCCUGUAAUGGAGUUUCAAAAAGAACCAGUUUUGCUGCGAAAAUGUUAAGUUUUACGUAUAUAUAUAAAAUACAGGUUGUUUCAUAAUAAGUCUAUAAAUACAAUAAAUCUAUGUUCUAACAUAGGCAUAGGCUUCUUAACAUCAUCUUAAAAUUCACCCCGUUAAAUAAUAGCCUUAUUCUAGAACAACCUGUAUGUCUAUCUUUAUAUAGUUUGUGUUUCUCCAGAUUGUAGGAGAGGUAUGAAUAGGAAAAUGGUGAAAAUUUGGCAACAUGAUCAAUGGGGGGACAUAACUACAAUAUUUUGAUAGUUUUGGCAUCUGGUUAUAGGCUUAGUAGCUAGCUGUCAAUUAAGUAAAUUUAAAUGAAACACCCUAAAUUUUGUUUGUCGUCAAAAAGUAACUAUUCUUUUCUAUACGGAGGUUUUCGUUAUUUAAUUGCGGUUUAUUUCUUGCUUAAGAACAUUAACUUAAUGGUAACCCUAUUUUAAAAGUGGAAUGUUCAAUUUCCUUUGCAUAUUGUAUUUUCUGACAUAGAAAAACAAAAUUGUUUUUAUUAUCAAGUGGUUUUAUAUUGAAUAGUAGUACAAAAUUGAAUAAAUUCCAUUUGACAGCGCUUAGAAGCAACAAAAAAGUCUUCAUCUUAUAAUCUUCAUAAAGCAAUCACAUUUCUUGUUUUCAAAGUUUGACACCGAUAUUCGUGUAAAAUUAAGAUUAAAAUAUUUUUAAUAGACUGUGCAGGUAAAAUCACUACAAAUGGAGAUUAUGCAAUGAUGGCUACUAUGAUAAAAUUUUGAUGGCAUAUUUAUUAUAGCAGUCAUCGUCUUGCACUGCUUUGCUGAACUUAAAAGAAUUAAAGGAGCUCAAUUUCAUAAAAGCACGAUAAAAAAAUUUUUCAUUAAAAACACAAAUACUUAACAAUUUUUGUACUCCUUUCUUAAUUACAUUCUGUAACCAUUUGUCAAACAUUAAGCAAGUAAUGCUAAAGUCGAGAUACUUAUACGAAAUUUGCGUAUAGAAAAAAAAAAUUUGAUGACGUCAUUUUUUUGCACUUACAAAAUUUGAAAUAUAAAAACUAUUUGACUUGGGUAUAGAACAGUAAAUAUACAUAUAUGCCUUUAGUUUUUUACGUAGAAUAAUAAAAUGUAAUAAUACAUAGGGUGUUUUCUCUAAAUUAACAAAGUUGACAUUUAUUUCCGGUUUAGACUUUGCCCAAUCUUUAAUAUUUUCCUAUCAUAAAUCGAUGGGUUCCCGAAGAACCGAGAUGUAUUUUUUCCAUAUUUUAUGAAAAUGGAUAGAAAAAUAAGCAAAUAAUCUAUACCACCUAUUUUCUAUUUGAGAUUGUGAUUUAGCGAUUUAGUUGUGUUCGCUUAAUUGUAUUAUUGUUUUGAGUUCUUCAUGUAUAUAUUGUAAUCAAAGUGAUGGUUAGUGUAAGGGGUUUUUAGAUUUUUAUGAGUUACUUACUACAUGUUCUCAUGUAAUUUACUUUUCCAAGUAUAUAUCUAGUUUUUCAUCUGAACUUUUCCAUAUGAACAUAAAUAUGCGCCGACUUGACUGCAUUAUUUUAUUUCCCUUUACACAUCCUUUACUUGAUGCUACUUUUUUACUAUUGGAUUAAAUUAUAAUAAAAAAUAAAUGUUAUUUUUAUCAA